AUGUUUUCGAGAUCUGAGAGGGACGUAGAAGCGCUGGCUGGUGACAUGAACAACCUGAGUUUCGAUGCGACAGGAAACCAAUUGAAGCAUCCGCUGAGAUCUGCAGCAAUUCCAACGACUCCGACUCGCUAUAGGGGAUAUGGCUAUGCGGGAACGCCAUCUCCAACGAAAUCGACAGUUUUUAACGGCGAGGAUAGCUUUGGAAUGGAUAUCGAUGAGCCAAGUAGGGACGUGAAUGAUAUAAGAAGCUCACCAAAGAAGCUACCACGGGACUUCCACGCCAAGGCAGAGUUGCAUAAGACCCAAAGGGUGGUAAGUGUGUGUCAGAUGUAUUUUUUGGAUUAUUAUUGCGAUAUGUUUGAUUAUGUGAUCAGUAGAAGACAACGUACAAAGAAAGUGUUGGAAUAUCUGUCGCAACAGGGUGAUCUGAAGAGCCCUGACCAGCUGAACGGAGAAUGGACGGGGUACCUGGAGAAAGAGCAUGAAAUUCUGCGGAAAAGAAGGUUGAAGCCUAAGAAUAAGGAUUUUGAAAUCAUCACCCAGGUAGGGCAAGGCGGAUAUGGUCAGGUGUAUUUGGCUAGGAAGAAGGAUACAAAGGAAGUCUGUGCGUUGAAAAUCUUGAACAAGAAGUUACUGUUCAAGCUUAACGAGACCAACCACGUGUUGACCGAGAGAGAUAUCCUGACUACGACAAGAUCUGAGUGGUUGGUGAAAUUGCUGUAUGCGUUCCAAGAUACCGAGAGCUUGUACCUUGCCAUGGAGUUUGUCCCUGGCGGCGAUUUCCGUACACUGCUUAUCAACACUCGUUAUUUGAAGAGUGCUCAUGCAAGGUUCUAUAUCAGCGAAAUGUUCUGUGCCGUGAAUGCCCUGCAUGAGUUAGGAUAUACUCAUAGGGAUCUAAAACCGGAGAAUUUUCUAAUAGACGCUAAGGGACAUAUAAAGUUGACGGAUUUCGGACUAGCCGCCGGCACAGUAUCUAAUGAGAGGAUCGAAAGUAUGAAGCUGAGACUGGAAGAAGUCAAAAAUUUGGAGUUUCCUGCUUUUACGGAAAAAUCAAUCGAGGACAGAAGGAAAAUGUAUAAUACGUUGAGGGAGACGGAGGUUAAUUAUGCAAAUUCGAUGGUCGGUUCACCGGACUACAUGGCAUUGGAAGUGUUGGAAGGCAAAAAGUACGAUUUCACGGUGGACUAUUGGUCCCUAGGUUGUAUGCUAUUUGAAAGUCUCGUGGGAUACACGCCUUUUAGCGGUUCAUCGACCAACGAGACAUACGAGAACUUGAGACAUUGGAAACAAACGUUAAGGAGGCCACGAUUGGAAAAUGGGAGACCUGCCUUCUCGGAUAGAACCUGGGAGGUGAUAACGAGGCUAAUAGCCGAUCCUAUGAACAGACUUCGGUCCUUUGAACAUGUUAAAAGAAUGUCUUAUUUUGCCGAGAUAGAUUUUAAGGCUCUCAGAAGUAUGAGCCCGCCUUUCACACCCCAACUAGAUAAUGAAACAGAUGCUGGCUAUUUCGACGAUUUCUCUAAUGAGGCUGACAUGGCUAAGUACGCAGAUGUGUUCAAAAGACAGACAAAACUAUCGGCCAUGGUCGACGAUUCUUCUGUUGACUCAAAACUAGUGGGCUUCACAUUCAGGCAUAGAAACGGAAAGCACGGUUCCAGCGGUGUCCUUUACAAUGGUUCUGAACGCUCAGAUCCCUUUGCCACAUUUUAUUGA